AUGCUUCCAGACCGACAGCCCUUUGGUUUUGCAAAACAGGCCACAGGCGGCGGGAACGGCAAUGUCUAUGUGGUUGACAACAUGAUGGACCUCCGGACGGCGUUAACUAAGCCAGAGCCACGGACGAUCUACGUUAAAGGCGAGAUUCAAGGAAAACAGAUCAAUGAGACUACUUAUGGAAAUUGUCAACUCUACAUUGACAGCAGCAACGUUCCCAACUACAAUUUCACUCUCUACAUUAUGGCCAUGAACUCGACAUAUACCAGCUCGGUAAAGGCUGCCGCUGCAGCCAACCAACCAUUCGAAGGGCGAAAUGCGACAGAGUAUCUCACGCUUCUGAACAAGCAAAAUGGGUGGCGAGGCACAGCACAGAAUGUUCAAAAGUCUUGGGAGUCUGUCAGUGUUCAAAGUAACCUGACACUAGUGGGAUGGGACUCGAACGCUUUUCUGAAUGGCGUUUCUUUGAUCAUGAACUCCCAGUCGAACAUUAUCAUUAGGAACCUGCGCAUGAGUCCACCACGAGACUGCUUCCCGGCACCCGAAACGUAUCCCAGCACCUGGAAUGCCCGUUAUGAUGCUAUCAGCGUCGUAACGUCCAGUAUGAUUUGGCUCGAUGGGAACGUUUUCGAGGACGGCCCAGCUGCUGUAGCGCCAGAUCCAGCGAUAUGGGGCUGGCAAGUAGAUCGCUAUGACGGUCUGGUAGAUGUGGAAGACGGAUCCGAUAACAUCACCUUCUCUCAUAAUAUUGUAGCGAAUCACCACAAGAGCCUGCUUUGGGGUGGCGGUGAGAAGGAGGGGCCGCGAGAUAUUGGGAAGAUGAGAUUCACUGUGUUUGGCAACCAUUUUGUCAACUCUCAGAGCCGCAAUCCGUUGAUGCGCUUUGGCACAUUCUAUAUUGCUAACAAUGUCUUCAGCAACUACGCUAAUAAAGCGCCCCUCUUCGAAUAUAUGAGCUCGAAUGGUUCCAGUACGGCGUUACAAACACGAGAUAAUAACUACACGCCGGACUUUCAGUACAACAUGGGGAUCUACAAUAUGUCGUCGGUUCUGGUUACUGGCAACUACUUUGACCAAAGUGGUAAAUACGCUGAUGACCACACCCGCAUCUUCACCUUCAGCAACCUUGCCACGCCUAAUACGCCUGCAACGUUCUGCUCACCGCCAGAUCUGACAUCGGAAGAAGCUAGUCUUUACCCGCAGCUGUCCAACCUUACACAGCCUACUAGUGCGUUCAAUGGCCAAGCUGUGAAUCUGACAGACAAUGUUUUUCAGACUUUCAGCUACUAUAUUUCUUCGAAGAAGGACUCAGUCGCAGGAGGCUUGGUUGAGGGGUGCGCAAAGUUUGAGGGUCAGCUUAUGCCAGUCACUUUUGCGUCUGCUGAUGAUGUAUUCGAAUAUACUAAACUAUGCAUGCUUCAUCCCACUCCGAUCGUCUUUAGUGAGCUGUGGUACGCAAUGGAGCCACGCAUCAAGUUCGUCUGGCAGCUCAAGGUCGCCAACGUGACGCCGUACAACCUCGUCCCGCUCAGCUAG